UGCACAUCGGCCAGCACUGCAUCUGGGACUCUAGGGAAACUGGGAGAACAGUGAGGACUUGGCAGGCCCAGAGCGUCCUCCACCUUGAGCCGCAAGCAUAGCUCCAGGUCUUAGCUCAGUGAUUUUCCCUAAACUAGCCAGUUAAUCAAGGUUACAAACGGCGCGCACUUGGGAAUGCGGCGCGCGCGCAUUCCUUCCUCCCCGGACCCUUCUCCUCCCCCUCCAGCUCCCCGCUUCUUAACAUUUCAUUCCACGUGUUGCUUGUUGUAGGCUCUACAGGUUCCCCACCUGCGACCAGGACUGGCUUCCUGGGCAGCUUAUCAACUAGGUUGGGGGGCUAAGGACCUCUGCAGGAGCAAUUCCCAAGGCAACCAGGCUCGACUUUCCCCUUCGCAAACCCCGCCUUGUCAUUCCCUCUCGCUCUGGUGGCUCCCUAUUUUUUCCUCCCCAAUUCCCUCCCUCUUCCCCCCCGCCCCAACUCCUGCCCGCCCCUUUCGCCCUGGUGGUAGGAAACAGUCUGGUGCCUAAACUCGACGUGUCCGGAAAGCUGUGGCCGGUUUCCCUUUCGUUCUCCUGCAGCGCAGCUUUCCCUUCCAGGACCAGAGGGCUCAGGCGCUUGCGGGCUGAGGACAGCACUCGGACAUCAUGCUGGACCCGUCUUCCAGCGAAGAGGAGUCGGACGAAGGGGUGGAAGAGGAGAGACGCGAUGUGUUGGUGGCGGCCAGUGGCUCCCAGCGAUCCCUGCCCGCGGCUCCUCUCCGGGAAGGGCGGCGGGACCCUCCGGGGCGCCCGGGUAGCAGCAGCGCCGCCAGACCAGUCAGCCCGAGCCCCUCGGUGCUGAGCGAAGGGCGAGAGGAGCUGGAGCGACAGCAACAGGAGGAAAACGAGAAGCGCAUCCGCCUGCAGCUCUAUGUCUUUGUAGUGAGGUGCAUCGCGUACCCGUUCAACGCCAAGCAGCCCACCGACAUGGCCAGGAGGCAGCAGAAGCUUAAUAAACAACAGUUGCAGAUAUUAAAGGAACGCUUUCUGGCCUUCCUUAAUGGAGAAACCCAGAUUGUAGCAGAUGAAGCAUUUUGUAAUGCAGUUCGAAGUUAUUACGAGGUUUUCCUUAAGAGUGAUCGGGUAGCCAGAAUGGUUCACAGUGGAGGGUGUUCUGCUAAUGACUUCAGAGAUGUAUUCAAGAAGAACAUUGAAAAGAGGGUACGGAGUUUACCAGAAAUUGAUGGAUUGAGCAAAGAGACAGUGUUGAGUUCAUGGAUCGCCAAGUAUGAUGCUAUCUAUAAAGGUGAAGAGGACUUGUGCAAACAGCCAAAUCGGAUGGCACUCAGUGCUGUAUCAGAACUUAUAUUGAGCAAGGAACAACUUUAUGAAAUGUUUCAACAAAUCCUGGGUAUAAAAAAAUUGGAACAUCAGCUGCUUUAUAAUGCCUGUCAGCUGGAUAAUGCAGAUGAGCAAGCAGCCCAGAUCAGAAGGGAACUUGAUGGACGUCUACAAUUGGCAGAAAAGAUGGCAAAGGAAAGAAAAUUCCCCAAGUUUGUGGCAAAAGAAAUGGAGAACAUGUUCAUAGAAGAAAUGCGGUCUUCAGUGAAUUUGCUGAUGGCCAAUUUGGAAAGCCUUCCAGUAUCUAAAGGUGGUCCAGAAUUCAAACUGCAGAAGUUAAAGCGAUCACAGAAUUCUGCAUUCUUAGAUAUGGGGGACGAGAAUGAGAUUCAGCUGUCAAAAUCAGAUGUGGUACUGUCAUUCACUUUAGAGAUUGUUAUAAUGGAAGUUCAAGGUUUAAAGUCGGUUGCUCCAAAUCGAAUUGUUUAUUGUACAAUGGAAGUGGAAGGCGGAGAAAAACUUCAGACAGAUCAGGCUGAAGCAUCAAGGCCACAAUGGGGGACCCAAGGAGAUUUCACCACUACUCAUCCUCGACCUGUGGUCAAAGUAAAGCUCUUCACUGAAAGCACCGGAGUUCUAGCCCUUGAGGAUAAGGAAUUAGGAAGGGUGAUUUUGUAUCCAACGUCCAACAGUUCAAAGACAGCUGAAUUACACAGAAUGGUGGUUCCCAAAAAUAGCCAGGAUUCUGAUCUGAAAAUCAAAUUGGCUGUGAGAAUGGAUAAACCACCGCAUAUGAAGCACAGUGGAUAUUUAUAUGCCCUUGGACAAAAGGUUUGGAAAAGGUGGAAAAAACGAUACUUCGUUCUCGUUCAGGUCAGCCAGUACACCUUUGCUAUGUGCAGUUACAGAGAAAAGAAGUCUGAACCACAGGAGUUAAUGCAGCUUGAAGGAUAUACUGUGGACUACACGGAUCCACACUCAGGACUUCAGGGUGGCCAAAUGUUCUUUAAUGCUGUUAAAGAAGGAGAUACUGUAAUAUUUGCCAGUGAUGAUGACCAAGAUCGGAUAUUAUGGGUCCAGGCUAUGUAUAGGGCAACAGGUCAGUCAUAUAAACCUGUUCCGGCAACUCAGACCCAGAAGCUGAAUCCCAAAGGAGGAACUAUCCACGCAGAUGCUGCUCAGCUUUAUGCAGACCGUUCUCAGAAACAUGGUAUGGAUGAGUUUAUUUCUGCUAAUCCCUGCAAGUUUGACCAUGCAUCCCUCUUUAGAUUACUUCAGAGGCAGACUUUGGAUCAUAGACUGAAUGAUUCUUACUCUUGUUUGGGUUGGUUUAGCCCAGGCCAGGUCUUUGUAUUAGAUGAGUACUGUGCUCGCUAUGGAGUAAGAGGCUGUCAUAGACAUCUCUGCUACCUUACAGAAUUGAUGGAACAUUCAGAAAGUGGUGCGGUCAUUGACCCAACCCUGCUCCAUUACAGCUUUGCCUUCUGUGCAUCUCACGUGCAUGGCAACAGACCUGAUGGAAUUGGAACCGUUUCAGUGGAAGAAAAAGAAAGGUUUGAGGAGAUUAAAGAAAGGCUGUCUUCCCUUUUAGAAAACCAAAUUAGCCAUUUCAGAUACUGCUUUCCCUUUGGACGGCCUGAAGGUGCUCUCAAAGCUACGCUUUCAUUACUCGAAAGGGUUUUAAUGAAAGAUAUUGCCACUCCUAUACCAGCAGAAGAGGUGAAGAAAGUGGUCAGAAAGUGUCUAGAGGAGGCUGCCUUGAUCAAUUACACUAGACUUACAGAAUAUGCCAAAAUAGAAGGCCCAGCAGAAAAGGAAACAGAGAUCAUGAACCAAGCAUCUCCUGCUAGAAAGCUAGAGGAGGUCCUUCAUCUAGCAGAGCUCUGCAUAGAGGUAUUACAGCAGAAUGAAGAGCAUCAUUCAGAGGGAAGAGAGGCAUUUGCUUGGUGGCCAGAUCUAUUGGCUGAACAUGCAGAGAAGUUUUGGUCAUUAUUUACUGUGGACAUGGAUUCAGCACUAGAGGCUCAGCCACAAGAUUCUUGGGAUAGUUUUCCACUUUUCCAACUGCUAAAUAACUUCCUAAGAAAUGACACACUUUUGUGUAAUGGAAAGUUUCAUAAGCACUUGCAAGACAUCUUUGUUCCCCUGGUCGUCCGCUACGUGGAUCUCAUGGAAUCUUCCAUCGCCCAGUCUAUCCACAGGGGUUUUGAGCAAGAGACAUGGCAGCCUGUCAAGAACAUCGCCAACAGUCUUCCCAAUGUAGGUCUUCCAAAAGUUCCAAGUCUGCCUCUUAAUCUUCCACAGAUACCUAGCUUUUCUACACCAUCCUGGAUGGCUUCUUUAUAUGAGUCCACCAAUGGAUCGGCCACUUCAGAAGAUCUCUUUUGGAAACUGGAUGCACUGCAGAUGUUUGUCUGUGAUCUGCACUGGCCAGAACAAGAAUUUGCUCACCACUUAGAGCAAAGACUUAAACUCAUGGCCAGCGAUAUGAUUGAGGCCUGCGUCAGAAGAACAAGAAUUGCAUUUGAACUCAAGCUUCAAAAGGCCAACAAAACCACUGACCUACGCAUUCCAGCAUGUGUAUGCACGAUGUUUAACGUCUUAGUCGAUGCCAAAAAGCAAAGCACCAAGCUCUGUGCGCUGGAUGGUGGACAAGAGCUUGGUAGUCAGUGGCAACAGUAUCAUUCAAAAAUAGAUGAUUUGAUUGAAGACACUGUAAAAGACAUCAUUUCACUUCUGGUCUCAAAGUUUGUUUCAGUGUUGGAAGGGGUGCUAUCUAAGUUGUCAAGGUAUGAUGAAGGUACUUUCUUCUCAUCCAUUCUGUCAUUCACUGUGAAAGCAGCUGCAAAAUAUGUUGAUGUUCCAAAACCGGGAAUGGAUUUAUCUGAUGCCUACAUCAUGUUUGUCCGGCAAAACCAAGAUAUCCUUCGAGAAAAGGUCAAUGAAGAAAUGUAUAUAGAAAAGUUGUUUGAUAUCAGUGACAAGACGGAAAAAAGAGGCGUCUACGAUAGCAGCUUGGACCCGGCUCACACAUGCAAGGCAGACAUGGAUUGUAGUUCCCAUCACCCGACCACAAAAAUCUUAGCGACUCCUCCGUCCAGAGAGAGCCUGCCGGCUAGAGGCAACAUGAUCAGCGCUUCCAAACCCCUCGCCUUUUCCAUUGAACGAAUAAUGGCCAGAACUCCAGAACCCAAGUCUAUGCCCGUCCCCCAUUUCCUACAGGGAUCUGUACCCAAAGGAGACCCCAAGCACUCCUUGCACCUCAACUCAUCGAUCCCGUGCAUGAUUCCCUUCGUGCCGGUGACCUACGAGACCAGCCCCAAAGCAGGGAUGACGGGGUCGGAACCCAGAAAAACUAACCUGGAUUCCUCCGCGUCUUCACCGGCGUCCUCGUCCUUUAGCUGCAGUGAUCUGUUGAACUGUGCGUUGAGUCUGAAGGGAGACUUUGCCCGCGACGCUUUGCCUCUACAGCAGUAUAAAUUGGUCCGACCUCGAGUGGUCAACCACUCCUCCUUCCAUGCCAUGGGGGCUCUGUGCUAUUUCAACCGGGGCGAUAGUCCUUGUCACCCGUCGGCCAGUGUCAACAUCCACCCAGUGGCCUCAUAUUUCCUCAGUUCCCCUUUACACCCACAACCCAAGACGUAUUUAGCAGAGAGAAACAAACUGGUCGUCCCGACUGUGGAAAAAUACCCCUCGGGAGUGGCUUUCAAAGACUUGUCCCAGGCUCAGCUGCAACAUUACAUGAAAGAAAGUGCCCAGAUCCUCUCGGAAAAAAUUGCUUUCAAAAGCUCAGAAUUCAGCCGAGGCUCUCCCAACAGCAAACCCAAAGUUUUCACUUGCGAAGUGUGUGGAAAGGUAUUUAACGCGCAUUAUAACUUAACCCGUCACAUGCCGGUGCACACGGGGGCCAGACCCUUUGUUUGCAAAGUUUGCGGAAAGGGUUUCAGACAAGCGAGUACCCUCUGCCGUCACAAGAUCAUUCACACGCAGGAAAAACCUCACAAAUGUAACCAAUGUGGUAAAGCAUUUAACAGAAGUUCCACUUUAAACACUCACACUCGGAUACACGCCGGCUACAAACCUUUUGUUUGUGAAUUCUGUGGCAAAGGAUUUCAUCAAAAAGGAAAUUACAAAAACCACAAGCUGACUCACAGCGGGGAGAAGCAGUUCAAAUGCAAUAUCUGCAACAAGGCUUUCCACCAGGUCUACAAUCUGACUUUCCAUAUGCACACCCACAACGACAAGAAACCCUUCACUUGUCCCACCUGCGGCAAGGGCUUCUGUAGGAACUUUGACCUCAAGAAACACGUCCGUAAGUUGCACGAUAGCGCCCUGGGGCUGCCCCGGGCCCCAGCCGAGGCCGGCGCUGAUCCACCGCCUCCCAUGCAGCCCCAGCCUCCGAUACCGCCGCCGCCGCCUCCUCCCGGGUCAUUGCAGCCUCCUCUUCAUCAGGGCCACCAGUGAGAAAGUUGACCCGAUACCUUUGCCAGGCCCGUGGGCCCCGCUGCUUCUUCGACGAUGCUCUGUGGUGGGAAGUUGAGCGCUGAUGCGGCCUGUCACCUGGGAGCAGGCAGCACCCACCCAGUCUCCUCACCUUGGGGGAGGCUACCAGAAGGCUCUGCUGCCACCGCCCUUUGGCCUCUUUGCAUGCACCUGCUAAACGGUUUUGUGUAUUAUACUUGAUAUAGCCACUAACAGUCAUGAAAGGUUUUUUUAUUAUUUUUUUCUGUUGUUAAUUUUCUUUUCUUAAAAACAAAAUAAGACUAUUUUCAUCUCGGGUGGAGAGAUGGUGUUUUCGUUUUGUUUUUUAAAAAAGCAAAUUUCUGCUGUAUUUAUUGGGAUCUGUAUUAUCCUAUCCGGGAAUGCUGCAUCACUUUAAUUUUAUUAUUGUAUAUAUUUCCAUUGUGUUGAUUCUGCCAUCUCAAGAUGCCUGCUGAUCGCUUCAUCUCUUUCCCUUGAGUAUCACAAUACAGUAUAUUUGCAUGUAUGUGUGUGUAUAGAUAUAUACACAAUAUGUAUACACAAAAUACCUUGUAUGUGUGUACAUGUAUACAGAUAGUACCCUGCAUCAUGUGUAUAUGUAAAUAUACAUACACAUAUAUGCAUUCCCACAUUGUGUUUACAAAUUAAUGCAUACACAUACAUAUAUGCGCACAGGUGUGAGUACGUAAAGACAUACAUACAUCAAUACAUAACCUAAAAAUGCACCACACAAGCACACAGAUAUACCUACAUAUGAUCGGGCUGGUUCUUUAUGUAUGGAUUUGAAUUUCAGUUUUGAUUCUUGCACGUGAAAACUGAUUCGUUGACUGGUGAAAAUAAAU